AUGAGGAAGAAAAGAAACAAAAAUUCAGAAGCCGUAUGUCUACCAGAAGAGUUAUGGACAAUUAUUCUUGCAAGACUCCCAACGAAAACCCUGAUAAGAUUCAGGUUGGUAUGCAAAUCAUGGUGCUUAAUUAUCGACAACACAGAUUUCGUCUCCAUGCACCUAAAUCUUUUCAACAACAACCAGAACAAUGAUCUGCUAACAGUGGAAAGAACCGAAAAAAACAGCGUUGCCAAAGAGGUAAUAAGAUUUCGUCACAGUAGUACAUUUAAGAGUACAUCUGCUAAAACAGUAAACUUGAGUGAAGGGGUAAUGGUAAGGGGUUACGCGAAUGGGGUGCUCUUGAUUGAUAGUUUGGACUCCCCUUUCAUUCUUCAACUGUGGAACCCUAGCAUUAAGAAAACCGUAUCCAUUCCCGGGUGCUCAUUUUUAGAAGAUAAACUCUCUAGCCAUAGUUUUUCUUUUUCUUUUGGUUUUGAUUCUUUGUUACAUGAUUGUAAAGUAGUGUGGAUUAAAACUUCUCCUAGGCUAAUUUUUAGUCGUGUUCCUAACUCGAUUCAAAUUUAUUCAUUAAGUACCGGCUUAUGGAAAACCAAGCUUAUAGAGGAUGUGGGAGAUUGGUGGCUGAUUAAGGGGAAGCCAUUAUUCGCCAAAGGCAGUUUGAAUUGGCUAGCACGAGAUGAAAGGGUAGACAAUGGUAGUGCAAGACCUACCUAUAUCGCGUCAUUUGACUUGAAUAUUGAGACAUUUACCUUUAUCAAAUUGCCGGAGGAUGGAAAUGGCGAGAAGGAAAAGCCGCAUAUAUUUCUAUUCCUUCUUGGAGGAUUGUUAGCUCUCUUUGAUGUGUCUCCUUGGAAAAACAGCAUAUGGGUGAUGGAAAACAAUGGCCCACAAAACCCAUGGAUUAAAUGGUUUACAAGUGAUUCGCCACAUGGUUCAUACGAUUUUUUCCAGCACCAUGGCUGGAAUAUUAGUCACUUGUGCUAUAUUGAGAAGACUAGCAAGUUCUUCAUGCUGAUAGGGAGAAGAACAAAGUCAUAUGAUCUCAAAAAUCAUCUGUUUGAUGAUCUGAGAACGUCCAACCGUGCUUAUAUGAGCUGCAUGGAUCCUUAUUCUGAGAGUUUGUUGUUGCAUAACUUGCAAUAG